UGACAACGGACACAUAUCUGGAAACCCAGGCUGUGUAAAAAAGGUCCAGAAGAUGACGAUAGAUUCACCCCUGACGAGGCUGCGGCGCAGAGACAAGUGUCUCAUGUUCGGCACGAUCUUGCUACUCGGAACUUUGGCAGUCUACCUUGAGAUGAUCGGUACUCAGGCAUGGAACAAUAACUCAAGCCUGAAAGCUUACAGUGUCAGCAACAUCUGGAGGAAAUACAAUUCUGACAACUUGGACCAACCAAACAACUUGGAGGACUCAGCUGCAUGGAAGACCAGCGAUACUCCACAACCCUGGAAAACAAAAGCAAAGAAAUCUCAAAGAGAGAAGCUCAGAACAGAGAGACAGGGACAGUCAGACAGAGGCAGAGGCUCUCAGUAUAAGGGACGGGCCAAUCUGCACGCGUUUGAGGACUGGUGCGGCAAAUCUAUAGCUGAGCUCCGCAAGAACCCGCACUACCCGCUGUAUCCUCACUCCAGAAGUACAGUACUGAAGCUGGCCGUCACUCCUAAGUGGACUAACUAUGGCCUCAGGAUAUUUGGCUAUCUGCAUCCAUAUACUGACGGAGAGUUUGUUUUUGCUUUGAGCUCUCAGGACAACUCUGAGUUGUGGCUAAGCACAGACGAAUCCCCCCUGAAUUUGCAGUUACUGGGAUGGGUUGGAAAGACUGGCGCAGAGUGGACCGCCCCUGGCGAGUUUGAGAAAUAUGUUAGUCAGAUAUCCAGACCAGUGGCGCUUUCUGCAGAGAGGAAGUACUUUUUUGAACUCCUCCACAAGCAGGACCAUGAAGGGACGGACCAUGUGGAGGUGGCUUGGCAGCUCCAGGGUGAAGGCUCCAGAUUCACUGCUAUUGACUCCAAGCACAUCUCUCUCUAUGUUGAUGAGUCUGCUAUGGUACCAGGUGAUGUUGAACACAUACCUCAGACGGCUGCAAGCCACUCCAACACGAAACAGAGCAGCUCUACAGUCGACAUGCUGAGGGAAGACCCACGAGACGUUCUCCUCCAUGUGCCUUUGAUAAACAGCAAGUUCCUACAAGAUGUUUUGCCUGACUGCGAGUACAAACCCAGCUACACAUACAAAGGUUCUCAUCUGGCCCGCUAUCAAGGACUAAAUUAUGUCAAAUCGUCCUUCAUCUACCCUAAUGAUCAUACCCGACUCACACAAAUGGAGUCCGAGAAAAGCUGCUUCUACCACGCCCACAUCUUGGAAAACUCCGAAAACAUGAAACUAGACAGUCCAGACCUGCAGGAACAAGACAGAAUGAUAGAUCAGAACCUGAUGGAGGAGAAAUCGGCAGACUACUAUGAAACAGAUUAUGAGACCUUUGCUGAGAAAUUCCGGCAGGUACUUCGGUCCUUACCCGUGCAUGAAGACGACAAAAAGCCUCAUCCUCAGAAGACCCAAAUUGUGGGUGAGGAGCGGAGGAUUGUAAAAAGAUCACUUAAGCUCCUGAAGGUAAAGAAUAAUGUCAACAAGCACUGGAGUCAGACCUUCCAGAUCAACCACCUGGACUAUCGGGCACAUAAUUCAGAUGCUAUGGAAAUGAAUUGCAAUAUUGCUGGCAGUCUGCUUAUCAACUCCGAUGAGGUUCUGCCAGUGGUCAAGAAUUUCAUGGACAAACUCAACAAAGAACAUAAUGGGCGGUUCACAUUGGUGAAAGUGGUUAACGUGGUGAAGCGUGUGGACCCAGCCAAAGGAAUCCGCUACCUCCUGGAGCUGCUGCUUAAAGACAUGAAGGGCCAGAUGGUGCGUCUGUCACAAUACGUCUACGCUACGAGUAACCAACCUGAGCUGGUUCUGUGUAACCCAGUGGCCUUCAGCUGGAAUCCACUUGCCACCGUCCACAUCAUAGUUCCAGUGAAAAACCAGGCUCGGUGGGUGCACAAGCUGAUUACUGAAAUGGAGAAAGUGUUCAGAGAAUCCGGAGACACCAACUUCAACCUCAUUGUCACCGACUACGACAGCACUGACAUGGACGUGGAGAAGGCUCUAAAGAAAUCGUCACUCCACAGGUACCAGUAUGUGAAGCUCACUGGAAACUUCCAGCGCUCUGCUGGUCUGCAGGCAGGAAUCGACCUUAUAAAAGAUCCACACAGCAUAGUGUUUCUUUGUGACCUCCACCUCCAAUUCCCUACCUCCAUAAUCGACAGCAUCAGGAAACACUCUGUGGAGGGACACAUGGCUUUUGCUCCCAUCGUCUUGAGACUGGACUGUGGGGCUUCACCACUGGAGGCCAGAGGUUUCUGGGAGGUGCACGGCUUUGGCCUGCUUGGAAUCUAUAAGUCUGAUCUGGAUGCAGUAGGAGGAAUGAACACCAGAGAAUAUACAGACCGCUGGGGAGGGGAAGACUGGGAGCUACUCGACAGGAUCAUUAAGUCAAAACUGGAAGUGGAUAGGAUCUACUUGAGGAACUUCUUCCACUUCUUUCACUCCAAACGUGGCAUGUGGAACGAGUAGCUUUAGACCAAAAAAUGAUCUCACCAUCCGUUGCAGCACACUGAAAUUACCAGAGUCUCCAUCAGAGCAACCAGAACGCCUAAGAGACAGAUAUGUUUACUGCUACUGCUACUACUACUAACUGACAGGGAUUUGAAUGUAGAUGAUGAAAUUAGGGCUGAAUACUGUCAAGAAGAACAAUAAGAAGACUCUACUACGACAAGUAUAUUCACCUGAAAGUAAUACUGACUACUGAUGCUACUGAGUGCCACUGACUAUUUGAUAUUGUAUAUAAACAUACUGGCAUGUUUGUCCCUAUUGCCAUGAUUAUCUGCACUAUUCUCACUGCCAAGACUGAACCUGUUCCCAAGACGGAUCAGACAUCAAAUGGUGGUGCGCUGUCAUGUAUCACGAAGAUCCAACAUGUUGCAUGAGUUUUAAAUGUUUGUAUAUGAUUCAAGAUUCUCUUUCUCUAUCACAGCCUUUUGUUAUGGUGCGGUUUAACAAUCUAUUUAUCUUAUUGAU